AUGGUCAAGAGUUGGUAUAUUUACUUCCUAGCGGCACUGCACUUCUUUGCUGCAGUGCUCGCCCACCCCAUCGAGGAGCGCGCAGCCAACUACCACGUCGCAGUCGUCGACCAGAACUCGAAGACCGUGCGCGUCUUCCCACGCAACUCCAAGAAAUGGAAUAAAGACGCCAUCUUCUGGAGCUUCACCGCCGAUACCGGGUUCUUCAACCGCAAGUGGAACAAUCUCUCCGGCGUCAAGAUCCGCAAGGUCGCCAAACACGGCUGGAUCGCCCUGGUCACCGCUUCCGGAGGAAAGGCCGGCAUCGUCAACAUCACCAAGGAGAAGCGAAAGGUCGGCCUGGACGACGUCAUGUGGCAGGCCACCCCGGGCGACAAUCCACACUCGAUCGAGAUCAUCCCCAAGAACGGCGCCAUCGUCGUCGCGAGCUCCAAGCCAGGCAAGCUGAGCCUGUACGUGCCCACUUCCAAGGACGUCAGUGACUACAGCAAGAUCAGACACGCCAAGGACUAUUCGCUGCCUGGCGCACACGGCGUCCUGUGGGAUCCCAAUGGAGGAAAGUCCGUUGCUGCCGGAAACCUCUGGGUCCUCGGAGACGACUUCCUGUACAAGUACAAGGUCACCGGCUCGUACAAGAACACCCGCCUGAAGCGGGUCGCCAAGUACGGCCUGCCCAAGAAGGGCCUCGGACACGAUCUUCAGCCGGACUAUUCGAACAAGAAGACGCUCCUCCUGACGGAUUCAUACGCCGCGUAUGCCUUCAACACCUCGACGGGCAAGUUCAAGAUCCUGAAGAACAUGAAGAGAUUGAAGAGUCUCGUGAGACACCGCAACGGGGAGUACAUGUGGGUCAGGGGUUACAAGGACAAGGGCGAGAUGGGACCGUAUGUUAGAUGGGGCUCGAGCGUAGGAAACCAGAAAGAUGCUAGAGGCUGGAGCGACGCGCGGUUCUACAAAGCGAGAAUCUACGAUCCAGACUACGAGUGA